AUGGCUCCCCGCCACGCUUUUUUUCCUCUUGCCUUUGGGAUAGUAACAGCCCUGACGCCAGGCCCGACGCCUGAGACGCAUCCCACUCUCAUCACUUCCAAGUGUACCGUCGCAGGCGGCUGUACUGAACAGACAAGCUUGCUGGUGCUGGAUCAACUCGCACAUCCUCUUUACCAAGCUGCUGCUCCAGAAUACAAUUGUGGAGACUGGGGCGAAGGACCCAACAGCACCGCCUGUCCUGACGCGCAAACCUGCGCCAAGAACUGCAUCGUUGAUGGUAUCUCCUCCUACGCCUCGUACGGCGUCACCACCACCGGGUCUUCCCUACUCAUGAAGAUGCUCUCCCCCGACGGCCGCACCCUCACCCCCAGAAUCUACCUUCUAGAGCCGGCAGGGGACCGGUACGAGAUGCUGACUUUAAGCGGCGGCGAGCUGAGUUUCGACGUCGAUAUAAGUCAGCUGCCGUGCGGAAUGAACGGCGCGCUGUAUCUGAGCGAGAUGGCCGCAGAUGGGGGCAGAAGCGAUCUGAAUCCCACGGGGGCCGGGUAUGGGAGUGGGUAUUGUGAUGCGCAAUGCUUUACGCUGCCAUUUUUGAACGGCGAAGCCAACCUCGACGGCAAGGGUAGCUGCUGCAACGAAAUGGAUAUCUGGGAAGGCAACGCUCGCGCCAAUGCCAUCGUUCCCCAUACUUGUAACCAGACUGGCCUGUACGCCUGUUCGGGAGAUGAAUGCGCGGCUGACGGCGUUUGCGACAAGCCCGGGUGCGGAUAUAACACUUAUUCGUUGGGCAAUCGGGACUAUUACGGCCCUGGUUUGACAGUCGAUACGAAUCGCCCGUUUACUGUUGUCACGCAGUUCCCGGAGGUUGAUGGGAAGAUGACGGAGAUCAGACGGUUGUACGUCCAAGAUGGAGUUGUUAUUCAGAAUGCGAAACUGAAUACGACAAUCGCAGGGCUGGACCCGACGAAGGUGCUGGAUAGUGUGAGUGAUGAGUUGUGUGGGCAGGUGGCGCCUAAGUACAUGGCUCUUGGAGGCACGACCGGAAUGGGUGAAGCGAUGAAGCGGGGUAUGGUGUUGAUAUUUAGUAUCUGGUGGGAUGAGGGCGGAUUUAUGCGGUGGCUGGACAGCGGGAAUUCUGGACCUUGUAAUGCCACGGAGGGCGAUCCCAAAGUCAUCGUGAAGGUAGAACCAGAUCCAGCGGUAGUCUGGUCGAAUGUGAAAUGGGGCGAGAUUGGGAGUACAUUUUCGUAG